AUGACAGGGGACAAGGUCUCAGAGUACAUACGAUCCCUCGAGGAGAAGGAGAAGCAGCUCAGCCCAUCCUGCCGGCCCCAGUUUCGUGUCUUCACGUCUGACACGUCUGUUCUGCGGAUGGGGUUCAGUGACUUCAGCCAGCGAUGUGGACAGGGGGAGUUUGGGUACCUUGAGACUAGCUCUACGGACCGCAGCAACGGAAGAGGCGACCAUCUUGUUGACUUCUGCCAAGACGGGGCCAUGAGCCAUUGCCCCUUACCCUGCAUGCGAGAGGAGGAUUACUUCAAGACUCGUUGCUACAUGUCAUUGAUGCAGGCGCCCCACCGGAACGUAGCUGAGUGGCACUCGGACGGGUUCGAUCAAGUGGUUCUCAACGUGUUUGGAGGGGACGAGAAGAAUUCUCUCAAGCAGUUCGACCUGCUCCCUCCUCGCCCUGAUCUCUCAGGGGGCAUGUCAGGUUGGAUCGAUCCAGCGCAGAUUGCUACGGAGGAAGCGAGGCGUGUGCUGUUAGAACCAGGAGAUAUCCUGUACCUUCCUGCGGGAUGGAUUCAUCGUGUGAGCACAGCGGGAAGAAGUUUCACCAUCAACUGGGGGUUCUAUACACGCCAUGUGUGA